GCCAUAGCCCAGCCGAGUUUGGGGGUGCCUCUUCCCCAUAUGCGCCAUCUCCGCCCGGACUCUUCCGAAGGAGUCGCGCCCUUGCUGCUUUAAAAAGCCUUCCUCCCGCCAAGCGACUGUUGCCCUCAUGCUCCACGGCUGUUCUGCAGUCCCCCGGUAGCUGCACACCCUUCACACCUUUCAGCUUUACUGGUAAUGAACCAGGGCAGGGGUUCCAGCAGAAAAGAGGGGAGUUUAACAGGUGGGCUGUAGCUCUCCUCUGGGCUCAGCCCUGCGCUCCUCGCGCUUUUCCUUCGCUCAGGCCAAACUUUCACUCAGAGGUCAAGUGGAGUCAAGAAGAAGUCUAAAGAAGUUUUGCCUGGGAAUUUAGGAGGAGGCUCCAUAGCAGUAAAGUAAGUUCAAGGUUAGCAAUCUGAAACAAUGGGUGACUGGAGCUUUCUGGGGAGACUGUUAGAGAAUGCGCAGGAGCACUCCACGGUUAUUGGCAAGGUUUGGCUGACGGUACUGUUUAUCUUCAGGAUCCUGGUGCUGGGGGCUGCUGCUGAGGAGGUCUGGGGAGACGAGCAGUCGGACUUUACAUGCAACACUCAGCAGCCUGGUUGCGAAAAUGUUUGCUAUGACAAAGCCUUCCCCAUUUCUCACAUCCGCUUCUGGGUGCUGCAGAUCAUUUUCGUCUCCACUCCAACCCUCAUCUACCUGGGCCACGUCCUGCACAUUGUACGCAUGGAGGAGAAAAGGAAAGAGAAAGAGGAGCUGAAAAAGAAGGGGAGCAGCAAGGAUGGCAACUACCCCGUAGCAGCAGCAGCAGCAUCUGGCAGCGGUGGUGGAGGAGGCAGCAAUAACGUCAAAGAUCAACCUAUUGUCAAAAGGGGGAAGGAGAAGCUCCCAAUCCGUGACGAACGUGGUAGAAUCCGUAUGGGCGGUGCCUUGCUCCGUACCUAUGUCUUCAAUAUCAUAUUCAAGACUCUGUUUGAGGUGGGCUUCAUUGUGGGCCAGUACUUCCUGUAUGGCUUCGAGCUAAAGCCGGUCUACCAGUGCAGCCGCUCGCCUUGUCCACACACUGUGGACUGCUUCAUCUCGAGGCCCACUGAGAAGACAAUAUUCAUCAUCUUCAUGUUGGUGGUGGCCUCAGUCUCCCUGCUGCUGAACAUGCUUGAGAUAUAUCACUUGGGGUGGAAGAAGCUUAAGCAGGGCAUGACGAGUCAGUACAUCCUAGAGAUGCCUGUCGCAACAAUGACCCCGGUUAUGGUAACAGGGGAGUCCAAACCUGUUUCCCUGCCGCCGCCGGCAGCACCGGUGGUGGUCACGGCUGCCACGCCGGCCCCUGUUCUGCCUGACACCCGUGCUGUCACACCGCUGCUGGCCCCAGUGACCAUGGCAUCGUACUAUGCUACAGCUGCUCCAAGACCGCGGCCCCCCUCCAACACGACGUCCAUGGCAAGCUACCCCGCUGUUCCACAAGUUCCCGAGGAGAGGCACCGUGCUGUGACUCCCACGCCCAUCUCCACUCCCGUCACCAUCCCGACCCCCAUCCCCACGCCCACGCCAGCCGUCAUCAACUACUUCAACAGCAGCAGCCGUGCCCUGACAUCCGAGCAGAACUGGGUCAACAUGGCAGCUGAGCAGCAGGGGAAGGUUUCCUCCAGCUCAGCCGGCUCCUCUACCCCCAGCAGCGUCCGGCAUCCCCUUCCUGAGCAGGAAGAGCCACUGGAGCAGCUUCUCCCACCCCCGGCUGUGCUGCCCGUCGCCGUGGCCAACAGCGGCAGCAGCACCAGCCUGAGCGGGGCGAGCGGCAGCAAGUGGGAUGUGGAGGGCGAGGUGGAGCUGUCGGGGGCACGGCCCGUCUCGGCUGCCUGCACCACGGUGGAGAUGCACGAGCCGCCGCUGCUGGUAGACACGCGGCGCCUGAGCAGGGCCAGUAAGUCGAGCAGCUGCAGAGCCCGGUCAGACGACCUGGCCGUGUAAGGCGGGCGCCCUGCUCGGGGGAGCAGGGCCUGGAAGGCGGAGAGGGCAGGGGAGCUGCCUGGGGAGGCCAGGCCUGGCGUGGGUGAGGAGGCCUGGGCUUCAAACUUAGACGCUUGCUGUUUUUGCACUCUGUGAGUUGUAGUGGGGAAAAUUAUCAACAUUUUCUAAUAGGUCAGGGGUGACCGAAGUGCAGCCCGUGGGCCGGGGGACCAGUCCCGCUUUCCGUCAUGUUCACAGCACGUCCCUCAAGGGCAGCCGUAGGGGAGGCCUGCACAGAUUACGGGUGGCGAUGGUAGCUGGUCGUGGGCCCUGAGGCUUUCAUCUGAGAAAAAUGUUAAUAUCCCUGGUGCCCGUGCACCUGGCUGUCAUCUCCCUCUUGCCCUUGCCUUCACUUCAGCUCUUUCCCAGAAGCUCUACAUGAGCAGAUGCAAUGACUUACUUUCUUCCUCUUAAAUCUGACGUAGCCCUGUAGCAAACAUCGGGGUGGUAUAUUGCCUCUUGGCACCUGUUGUGUCUACGGACCAACUUGCCAUAUUAAAGGUAACUCAGUUUCUUCCAUAUAACAUGCCUUAUGAACCCUUUGUGUUCAUGGCAAGUCACCGAUGCGGUCCUCGGCCAGGCAAAGUUUAGGGAAUCCCUGGAAUAGAUUUUUGAGGUUCUUCUUUCCAUAAUUUUUUUUUUUACUCUUGACCUCUUAGGAAGUGUUCAGUUUGACCUUCUAUCCAGUGUUUGCCAACCAUGAUCACACCAUGUUUAUAAGCCUGCAAAUAUGUUUGAGCAUGUUUGACUAUAAUUUUAGCUGGCUUCUAAAAUUGCUUACAGGAGGACAGGAGUUCAAACCACACCUCGGAAAUUAUUACACAGAACAAUUUCUCUUCAGAAAGCAAGGAUUAUGAUUUCAAUACACUGUGGCUCCAUACAUUGCCUGUGGACAAACAAUUAGGAUAAAGUACAGCUCUGCAUUUUAGACUAUUAGAUAUCAGCAUAAGUUUGUUGGAAAAAUGCUUUUUAGAAGUGAACUUGAGUGCUUAUUUUUAAGUAUUUGAACAUUUUGAGAAUAAUCUGUAGGUUUAAAGUUACUUUACUGUGUACCUAAUAAUUUUAGUUUGAUCUUUGAUCUUACAAGAAAAUGUAAGAAGAAAAAAACUUACUAAUGGUGAAAUUCCCAAAGCAACAUUAUUUCUUGUUGUGUAUCCUUUAACAUCAAUAGUAGUGUCUUUAUGUCAGUGAAAACAGACUUAGAUAAUAUUGUAUUGCAGAAUAGGUGGCUAAAAUAUCUGGGCAAUAUUGGUGGUGGCUGAAGGGUCUGUCCUCAACCAACUGAAGUCACUUUCAGAAUUUCCAUUCAAUUUAACAAGGAGCAAGAUUUGGGAAUGGAUCUUGUAGGCCUUAUUCAAGCAAGACUAACAUUCCCAUGAAGUUUUGGGAGCCAGAAGAAAUUUAGAUUUUGGGCCUUAGAAAAGACCUUGAAAUCCUGCUUUUGAAAAAUGCGUGUGUCCUUUAAAAAAUGGGUGAAAGAAAGUACUAGGUUUUUUUUCCUAAGGUGCAUCUUUCCUUUCAACAGGCUCUGUCCUUUAUUCCCUCCUAACAAGAUGUUAGAAAUCUGCAUGCCUGAAUAGGCUCAGGAGAGUUUCAGUACAAAAGGAAUACAGAAUUAAGCCCAGCUCUGUUCUAAGGAAAAUCCAAAAGAGCUAAAGCUUGGAGUCAGUCCUGUUGCUGCUAUAAAUCGAACGUACUGUAACUGGAAAAGAGCAAUCAAACACACUGGGAUAACCCUUUGCAUCUUCCAAGUGUUUGGCCUGGCAGUGCAGUCCUUUCUCAGGCAAAGCAGGGGCAACCUGUAGUAAGUAACAUAAGUUAACAUAACCAGUUAUUUCUGCUGUUAAAUGUUUUCCUGAGCGUGCUUAUUUUAUUCAACAGUCGAAGUAUAUUCCCACCACUCUAGAUUAAACAUUUUUGCUGCUUUCUGAGUAGUCACAAUGAGCUUCUUACGAUCAGAAGCACUGUUCUGCAACCUUUGGGCAUGUUGUCUCAUGACUUCCUUGUCCUGCUUGUGUUGAACCAGGUGAGGAGAAGUCCUUUUGCUGCCAUGGAUCUGAAGGGCAGCCACUGCAUUAAAAGUCAAGGUGUAGUAGUACAGUAAAGAUAUUUACUAUGAAGUAUUCAGCUUCAGGCAUGCUGUCAUGGAUUUUCUGUUAUAAGCCAUAAAAACCCUUUCUGCAAGAAAACUAAAAGCCGAGUUCUGCUUUCUAUUGAAUCCAUGCAGUUAUGCUAAACAUAGACUAAAGUUGAUGAAGUUGCCUAGAUGAAAGGCAGAGGUUAAGAUUCAAAUUUUUUAGAUUUACUAGCAUCUAUAGUAGCAGUUUUAUAAGUUUUGAUAAAUGCCAGUUAACUACAUUGCUGAAAUAAUGCAGUAUAUGCAUCUCUGUGUUUUAGUACAUUGAAGUUUAUGGGCUAUGUUUUCCUUUGUUCUAUGCUUCUGAAGAGUGAAGUCAAAGUCUUUCUGGAGUGUAUUUAUGUAAACCACAUCACCUGGAAUGUGUGCUUUUUUAUAUCACUUCCUGAGAGCAAAACUGAUGAUGUUUGAUGGGGCUCUGCAUCUUGCAGCCCUUACUUUAGUACUACCCUCACAGAGUGUGUCCUGCAGGAUUGCAUCCAUAUUGUAUAUAAAAAAUAGUAAGAGAGAUAGAUUUAACUUAGGGUCAACUGAGGCCUAGGCUGACCUUUUCAAGUUAAUGUGUGUGGUUAGACCUGCAGAAAGUUCAGAUGCUUUUGUGGAAUGUAUGGUAUUUUCAGCCAGAGUAACUACUGGAAAGCUCUAAAAGAUGAUUUUUCCUGUUAGGUGAAGCUCGGGGGGAGAAAAGUAACUCUAUUGCAACCCCUAAGAGAAGUCUGAGAGAGCAGCCUCUGCAUCCAGGCAGUCCUGGUCUGAGAAAGCAAAGCUACAACU